AUGGAUCCAGCUUCUCUCCUCCUCCUCCUCCUCGGCUUGCUGUGGGGCUGCAGUGGGCGACCCACUGACAAGCCGAUGGUGGUGGUGCCGCAGGAGGCGGUGGUGCAGUACGGGGACUCGAUACAGCUGUAUUGCUCCCUGGCCUGCGCGGGGGGCACAGUGCAGUGGAAGGGGCUGGACACCAACCUGGGGAACAUCACCUCCUUCCCCACCCACAGCAUCCUACACAUCAGCAGCACCAUGGUCACCACAGAGGGCACCAAGAUCUGCCUGGGCACCUGCCACGGGCAGCACUACCAGGAGACUGUUGACCUGAAGGUCUACGCCCUCCCGGACGCGCUGCAGCUGGAGGUGGACUCCCACACCCUGGAGCCAGGGCAGCCCGCCAGCCUGCGCUGCUCAGCCCAGCGGGUGUACCCAGUCCAGGGGUUGUCGCUCACUUGGUACCAGGGCGACCAAGUGCUGGAGGAGGCAGACUUCGAUGCCACGGAGACCGAAGAGGAACUGUUUGACAUCAUGUCCACGCUGUCAGUGGCUGGGAAGAAGGUGGAAGAAGGGGUGGAGUUCAGUUGCAAGGUGACGCUGAGCGUCGGGCAGGUGACCUUCACCCGGGUAGCAUCUGUGACCGUGAGCGCUGGAGCUGUGACGGAGCAACCAGUGGCCAUGGCCACCUCCGUGAGGAGCCCCCAGACAGUGGCAGCUAUGACAGGGAGCCCCCGCACAGCUGGGCCUGUGAUCACCACAACGCUGCCCCCAGAGCCGAGUGUCCCCGCACAUGAUCCCACCACAGCCCUGACCACCACACCGUGGAAGCCCGAUGCUGAGACCAUCCUGGAGGCAGCUGCUGCCACCAAACCCCCCUCCACAGAACGCCCUGCUCCCCGGAACCUCGUUGCAGGCAGUCCCAUGGCACGUCUGGCCACCACCAUGCUCCCUGGUUCCAGCACUGCAAGCCCCUCAGUUGAGAAGGGCACAGUGCUGUCGGUGGGGACAGUGCCCGCCUGCAGCCUGCAGAUCUGGUCGCUGCCUCCCAAUGGGACGCGGGGCAGGGCCCUGCGCAUCGAGUGCCACGCACCGUGUGCCGGGAACGCCACCGUCCGCUGGCUGCGGACCCCCGUGGCCCUCUCGCAGUACCGGGAGGAGGCAGCGGGCAGCAGCUCCACGCUGCAGCUGGACCGCGCCGAGCCCCAGCACCAGGGUCACUACCAGUGCAUCCUGCUCGGCCACCACUCCCAGGUGGUCGGCCUGCAGCUGACAGUCUUGGACGAUUCAUUCCGCAUGGGCCCUGCCAUCGCCACGGGGACAACGGUCUCGCUGUUGGGACUGAUCGUGACCGGCAUCACGUCUCAUCGCCUGUGGAAACGAUUCAAAUCUCAGUACGAGCUGCCCUAG